AUGCACAAAACAUCAUCAUCAUCAUCAUCAUCAUCAUCAUCAUCAUCAUCAUCAUCAUCAUCAUCAUCAUCAUCAUCAUCAUCAUCAUCAUCAUCAUCAUCAUCAUCAUCAUCAUCAUCAUCAUCAUCAUCAUCAUCAUCAUCAUCAUCAUCAUCAUCAUCAUCAUCAUCAUCAUCAUCAUCAUCAUCAUCAUCAUCAUCAUCAUCAUCAUCAUCAUCAUCAUCAUCAUCAUCAUCAUCAUCAUCAUCAUCAUCAUUAUUAUUAUUAUUAUUAUUAUUAUUAUUAUUAUUAUUAUUAUUAUUAUUAUUAUUAUUAUUAUUAUUAUUAUAA